AUGAAUGACGUCACUUGUCAACUGACAAUCACUUCAAUGAUACUUACUUGCCACACACCAACUACAGCAUUAGCGAUUAAAAUAAGUAAGAUUACGAAUGGUUCUACGAAUGCCUCAACACCUUCAUGUUCUUCAAAAAGAGCUAAUACCUGUCAUCAUCGUCAACGUCAUGAUCAUUAUGAAACAUAA